AUGAUUACACGGGCGCUUCCAAAUGAAGUAAAACUUCUGAGUCAACCCACGAUCAAUCAAUCUUCUGAUGCGCAUAUCGGGGGGAUUAACCUCAACAAUGACGAUCCGUAUGAAGUUCCAACUCGUUCUAUGGGACGAGACAGAGCAAAAAGAAAGAUGAAAGGAGCACAAAGUUCAUUGAGUGAAGAUGAAGAAAGGAAUCGUGCGCUAAAGUUUUUCUUAACCCCAGGAGAGAACUUGUCUGAUGAGGAUCGUCGGAUUUUCAACAAUGCAAAGAAGGAUCUUGUGAAAGAAUACAAUUGGGAUAAGACGUAG